AUGCCGUUGUCCGUCUCAGCGUCGGCUCUCCCGUCUUUUCGGAAGCAGCAUCUUCUCGUCGAGUUCUCCCGUCUGCGCUAUGCACAGCUUGAUGGCAUUUUCUUGAGUAUCACACCUGGCGACCCGUCACUGUGGUUUGGUGUAAUAUUCGUGCGAAAAGGACCAUACGCGCCCGCAGUCUUACGCUUCCAAAUAUCUUUUCCACCCAGCUAUCCUGCCAUACCACCCCUCGUGACCUUCUCUACCGAUGUCUUUCACCCGCUGCUCACGCCACUUACCACGUAUACUUACACGACUGGAUCCGCCGACACGGAUACCGUAAGUGCAACAGACGAGGAACGGCUACCACCUGGAGGGUUCAGUUUACGACACGGCUUUCCACACUGGUUCGGAAGAGCUCGAAGAUCUGUACCAAAUUCUCGUGAUGUCAGUGCAUCUUCAAAUGUACUUCCUAUGCGUUCCGACUCCAAUGUUACCUCUGGUGUCCUCGGCGGUACCCAGCCAACGGCCGAAUACUCCAUCGUACGCAUGCUAGAGUACAUCCGCUCGACGUUUAGUGAAGAAUCAAUAUUGGACUCACUCCCGUUAGAGGCAGCUGCGAACCCAGGCGCCUACCACGCGUGGCGGGCGCAUCGGGCUCCAGUAUUGCAAUCUCAACAGUCAAACCCAACAUCUCCUAGCCUUGAGCCUUCCACGACGGAGAAUCCAGAGGGUGCGUCUGCACUUGGACGUAAUCGACGACCAGGAGAGUGGAACUGGGAAGGAGUAUGGGAAGAUCGCGUAAGAAAAGCAGUCAAGGCUAGUAUAUCUGAGCCAGUCCUAUUCGGCACUGGCGCUGGGGAAGACAUAAUUCGCUUUCGCGAAGCGGACGACGAGAUGCAUGAGCAGAUGAAGAAGCACAUGGAAGUCGCUGCCGCACAAAUUGCUGGCGGUAUCUUCUCGGACCGCGCACCUCUCUGCCCACCCCCACUCACCAUCCAGAAAAAGUCGCGCAAAGCAACUUUUCGACGGCGAAUAUUUCGUAAGUCAACCCCUACCUCCAGUGACGACCAGUACGUGUUCGGGCCGCUAGACGAUAUCAUCGACGAGAUCAAAAGCGAUAUUCGGGAGUUACCACUCGACUAUAGCUUCGAGUCGUCCGUGUUUGGCUGGGCGCGCCCACUCAAAGCACCGUGGUCGUGGAGUGUAACACCUCUUCCCGUCAGUCGCACUCCUAGCGACCAUCCUCUGACAAUACGGAAGAAUAGAAACAGCCGCUCGUCAGCCUCAGGCUCAAGCCUAGGACAUUCGAUGGCGUCUCCGCGCAACAACAGCUAUGACGAGCCCGAGAGCGGCGGCCCGGUACGUUCCGUGCAUACCACUGAAUUUCCCCCCUGGCCCUCGAUCGACAUGCUAUCGAGCAAGGCUAUGCAUGCAUCCAAGCCUCCUGAUUUUGCUGCUGGCGCUGAACACAUGAGCGCACAACAGGCUCUUGAGAAAGUGAAUAGCAAACCCGAAAACCGUGCUGAGCCUCCAAAGCGGCGUAUGUCCAAGUUGCGGCUUUUCACAAGUGGUCUACCCCUCUUGCGUCGCCAGAAUACCGGAGAUACGAGCGCUGGUGUUGGCGAUACGCCAGAUUCAAGCUCGCCAACUGGCACUACAUCGCUUGCAUUUCAUGUUGGGAUCGAGGAAGGUUCAUCGGUAGAGUAUCCGGGCGACGAAGCUGUCGAGGCUUACUUGCUACGUAAUGCCCGCAAUGGAGAGAAGUUCAGCUCCAUUAUGGGCCGCAUUGCCAAGCGUCUUCCUUUCCCUACGGACUUUGAUCACGAGACAUCCGAUGCACAAGUGUCAGGCUCAAGCUCACUAUUGCCGACUACUCUUCGGGCAGCGAUUAGACUGUUCCCAGAGGAAAAGCUUGUUACCGAGGAGUACCAAGAGCUCGGCGUCGCUAUUGAUAUCGAGGGUGUCCUGUACAACCGAACACCUCUGCCUGAUACCGGGAUCGAUGUGAUCUUCGUGGUAGACAACGGGCCAGAGGUACUGUACCCACUUCAAUCCGUGUGUGCGGAUGUCGAAGAGAUAUUCCAGGAGUUGACGUCGGGGAUCGCACAGUCGGGUUCGCAGCUAUGGGACCCGCCUCGUCCCAACCCCUCCAUGACCGACGUCAUCCUUGGCAUAGCCAGGUCUAUGCAAGGCAAACACCUGAAGGCUGGUCUUACUCAUAUCAUCGUGCUCUCUCCUGCAGCCCAUGUUCUACACGACGUGUCGAAGACAUUUCCAGGCCUUUACAUCCAUCGCAUCAAUCCUGCGCUUCUUCCCUAUCGUCGCGAGCCAGAAUUUCAAGACACCGUCUGCCUUGAAGAUUGCUGCAAGAAUGUGUUCGCCAGUAACUGGUGCAAGUACCAAUCCACCUCUGGUCGCAUCAAGCGCAUCUUGAAGAAUGCUCGGUCUGAGAAGCCCGUCGGCGAGUUGACUGACUUGUGUGUGGAAAUUCGGCCCAAGUCAGGCUGUGAGGUCCUGGAUAUUUACGGACACAAGGCGAUCCCUCAUUUGUUCCCAGGACAAGUUCACACACUCUUCACUCGCCUUCGCAUCAACAAGGCUGAGACCCAGAGUGUCAAGCUUGACUCGGACGAUCCUAUUCUCAAUUCGAGUUUAGACGCCAAUGGACUGAGACAGGAGCUACUAAACGCCGUCCGCAUGGGUGCAACUAAGGUCCACAUCCUAGACGUACAGGUACUACACCACACUUCACUUCACGGUGCACGAUCCUGGAUCUACACAGAGAGUCCACUAAUUCUCACACGCGAGCUUGGUGGUCUAACACCUCCCCAGGAUACAUCCAUGGAGUUCUACAGGCGUCAAAUUUUCUUCAGCCUCGUCCAAGGGUCGGCAAAUGAGGCUAAAAUCAUGGCAGAAAAGACUCUUAGUACCCUCCCUGAGUAUCAUGAACAAGCAAAGAAGCUGCUUAAGCGCAUGGCGCAAGAAAUCGAGUGUCACAUCGCGAUCCGCGAGUAUGAGAAGAAACACCGACAGAGGCUUCCACUGUGCCCCGGUCCCAUCGAGAUUGAGGGACCCCACGAGUGGCUUGAUGAUGUGUGGGCACGCAAGAAGAAUAAGCGCAGCGGCGUAGAUAUGGCCUGA